AACUUGAGUUUGGUGUCUAAAUUAAACCUAAAGUGAAGUUUCCCUUAUUUAGAUUAUAAAAACUUUGAAACUAUCAAGUCUUAAUGUUUUUCCAAUAUGGUUUUUAACAGGUGAAAUACAGAAGUAGCAUAGAGACAGCUCUCAGGAACAGUACAGUUAACACGUGUUACUUAAGGAAAAUCUGUGAUAGAAUGUAUUCCUGAAGAAUUACUCUUUAACUAUCCCUGCAGAUAAAGUUGUGGGUCAUAAAUGUUUAGAGUUGCAUUUCUUACAUAAAGCUUUGUUUUUGGAGACCCUUCAGUUCCAGCCUUCCCACUUUUUGCUGUCAGUUCCCUGAGGAUUUCAGUGUCCUCUGUGGAGGUGAUAUUAAGAGGUGAGGAUGGAAGAAGUUUAGUGUUAUCCAGCAUUCUUGCUGAGUAUAUAACUUACUGCCACUUCUGAUCUUUGAAGAGAUAUUUAUCGCUUCCUGUGGCAAUACUGAAUACUCAAAAGCAGGAAGGUAAAAUGGAAGGUGAGGCAGCUGAAGCUAUCGUGGAGGAGUCGGAAACUUUUAUUAAAGGGAAAGAGAGAAAAACCUAUCAAAGACGCCGUGAAGGUGGGCAGGAGGAUGAUGCUUGUCACAUACCACCAAACCAAGCAGAUGGGGGUGAAGUAGUGCAGGAUGUCAACAGUGGUGUGCAGAUGGUGAUGAUGGAGCAGCUGGAUCCAGCUCUUCUUCAAAUGAAGACUGAAGUAAUGGAAGGUGCAGUGCCUCAAGAAACGGAGGCUACAGUGGAUGACACACAGAUCAUAACACUUCAGGUUGUUAAUAUGGAAGAGCAGCCUAUAAACCUUGGUGAGCUUCAGCUGGUCCAAGUACCUGUACCAGUGACUGUACCUGUUGCCACCACAUCUGUGGAAGAACUUCAGGGAGCUUAUGAAAAUGAAGUUUCCAAAGGAGGCCUGCAAGAGGGAGAGCCCAUGAUAUGUCACACCCUCCCUUUACCAGAAGGCUUCCAAGUAGUGAAAGUGGGUGCAAAUGGUGAGGUGGAGACACUGGAACAAGGUGAACUUCAGCCACAGGAAGAUCCUAAUUGGCAAAAAGAUCCAGACUACCAGCCACCAGCCAAAAAAACAAAGAAAAACAAAAAGAGUAAGCUUCGCUACACUGAAGAAGGCAAAGAUGUGGAUGUCUCUGUGUAUGACUUUGAAGAGGAGCAGCAGGAGGGUUUGUUGUCUGAGGUCAAUGCAGAAAAGGUGGUGGGCAAUAUGAAGCCACCUAAACCAACAAAAAUUAAAAAGAAAGGUGUAAAGAAGACGUUCCAGUGUGAACUGUGCAGUUACACUUGUCCCCGUCGUUCCAACUUGGACCGUCACAUGAAAAGCCACACUGAUGAAAGACCACAUAAGUGCCAUCUCUGUGGCAGGGCUUUCCGGACAGUCACAUUGCUGAGGAACCACCUCAACACUCACACAGGUACUCGCCCUCACAAGUGCCCAGACUGUGACAUGGCCUUUGUGACCAGUGGAGAGUUGGUUCGGCAUCGCCGCUACAAACAUACCCAUGAGAAACCAUUCAAAUGUUCAAUGUGUGAUUAUGCUAGUGUGGAGGUUAGCAAAUUGAAACGCCACAUCCGUUCUCACACCGGAGAGCGUCCAUUCCAGUGCAGCUUGUGCAGCUAUGCCAGCAGGGAUACCUACAAACUGAAGAGGCACAUGAGGACCCACUCUGGAGAGAAGCCAUAUGAAUGUUACAUCUGCCAUGCUCGCUUCACUCAGAGUGGGACCAUGAAGAUGCACAUUUUGCAGAAGCACACUGAGAACGUGGCCAAAUUUCACUGUCCUCACUGUGAUACUGUUAUAGCAAGAAAGAGUGACUUGGGUGUCCACUUGCGAAAGCAGCAUUCCUACAUCGAGCAGGGCAAGAAGUGUCGCUACUGUGACGCCGUGUUCCAUGAGCGGUAUGCCCUCAUACAGCAUCAGAAGUCUCACAAGAAUGAGAAGCGCUUCAAGUGUGACCAGUGCGAUUAUGCAUGCAGACAGGAGCGGCACAUGGUCAUGCACAAACGGACCCAUACUGGAGAAAAGCCUUAUGCCUGUAGCCAUUGUGAUAAAACCUUCCGUCAGAAACAGCUCCUCGAUAUGCACUUCAAACGAUACCAUGAUCCUAACUUUGUCCCUGCUGCCUUUGUCUGUUCCAAGUGUGGCAAAACAUUCACUCGCAGGAACACAAUGGCCAGACAUGCUGAUAACUGCUCUGGCCUAGAUGGUGGGGAAGGAGAGAAUGGAGGAGAAACAAAGAAGGGCAAACGUGGCCGAAAGAGAAAGAUGCGGUCUAAGAAAGAAGACUCCUCUGACAGUGAGGAAAAUGCUGAACCAGAUUUGGAUGAUAAUGAAGAUGACGAGGAGACAGCAGUAGAAAUUGAGGCGGAACCAGAAGUUGAGCAAGAGGCUCCUGCACCACCUCCUAGUAAGAAACGAAGAGGAAGACCACCAGGCAAAGCUGCCACCCAACCAAAACAAUCCCAGCCUGCAGCAAUCAUUCAAGUUGAAGACCAGAACACUGGUGAAAUUGAAAAUAUUAUAGUUGAAGUAAAGAAAGAACCUGAUACAGAAACAGUAGAGGAAGAGGAGGAAGCUCAGCCUGCUGUAGUGGAAGCUCCCAAUGGAGACCUCACUCCUGAGAUGAUUCUUAGCAUGAUGGACCGGUGAUGGAGGAAGACCACGCUGGCUGACUGAACUGGCCUGGGCUGUGUUUAAGCGGCUCAAAUCUAUUUUUUUCCUUUUAUCUUUUUUCUUGGCUUUGGGAAAUACAUCAUUUUAGACCAUUUUACCAAACAUACUGGGAAAUAAAAAGUUCAAAAUGAUGUUAGAAUGUGAUUUAACUAGAACUUGCUGGGUUUUGUUAUCAUUACAGGAUCAUGGAAUGUUAGGAAAUACUUUGGAGUCCUUGAGGGUUUCCUGUGAGAUGCUCAAUUUAGUUUUGUUCUGAACUGCAUUGUAAAGCUGGUCCAAGGGCUGUGGUUACAUGCACCAAGUUUUAAUACACAAAAGCAGAAGCCUUGACUAGAGUAUGUGGUAAACCACUCUGGGCUUGCCCUUCCAGUUCCCAGAGUCCUUGAGC